UGGUGGCGGCAUUUCCGGGGGACUGAGCCCCGGCGCCCGGGCUAUGGGGAGCCAGGAGGUGCUGGGUCAGGCGGCCCGCCUGGCCUCCUCUGGUCUGCUCCUGCAGGUGUUGUUUCGUCUGAUCACUUUUGUCUUGAAUGCAUUUAUCCUUCGCUUCCUGUCAAAGGAGAUCGUUGGCAUAGUGAAUGUAAGGCUGACGCUGCUUUACUCGACCACCAUCUUCCUGGCCAGAGAGGCCUUCCGCAGAGCGUGUCUGAGUGGGGGCGCCCAGCGAGACUGGAGCCAGACCUUCAACCUCUUGUGGCUAACAGUCCCCCUGGGUGUGUUUUGGUCCUUGCUCCUGGGCUGGGUGUGGUUACACUUGCUCGAAGUGCCUGAUCCUAAUGUCGUCCCCCACUAUGGAACUGGAGUAGUGGUGUUUGGCCUUUCGGCCGUGGUAGAACUUCUGGGAGAGCCCUUCUGGGUCUUGGCACAAACACAGAUGUUUGUCAAACUCAAGGUGAUUGCUGAGAGCCUGUCAGUCAUCCUCAAGAGCGUCCUGACAGCUUUUCUUGUGCUCUGGUUGCCUCAUUGGGGGCUAUACAUUUUCUCUUUGGCCCAGCUUUUCUAUACUGCACUUCUGGUGCUCUGCUAUGUUACUUAUUUCACAAAGUUAUUGGGCUCCUCAGAGUCAACCAAGCAGCAGGCUCUUCCUGUCUCCAGAAUGACAGAUCUGUUACCCAGUAUUACAAGAAGUGGAGCUUUUGUAAAUUGGAAAGAGGCUAAAUUGACUUGGAGUUUUUUCAAACAGUCUUUCUUGAAGCAGAUUUUGACAGAAGGUGAGCGAUACAUAAUGACUUUUUUGAACGUAUUAAAUUUUGGUGAUCAAGGUGUAUAUGAUAUAGUAAAUAAUCUUGGCUCCCUUGUGGCCAGGUUAAUUUUCCAGCCAAUAGAGGAGAGUUUUUACAUAUUCUUUGCUAAGGUACUGGAGAGAGGAAAGGAUGCCACACUUCAGAAGCAGGAGGAUGUUGCCGUGGCUGCUGCGGUUUUGGAGUCCCUGCUCAAGCUGGCCCUGCUGGCCGGCCUGACCAUCACCAUUUUUGGCUUUGCCUAUUCUCAGCUGGCUUUGGAUAUCUAUGGAGGGACCAUGCUUAGCUCUGGAUCAGGUCCUGUUUUACUGCGUUCCUACUGUCUCUAUGUCCUCCUGCUUGCCAUCAAUGGAGUGACGGAGUGUUUCACAUUUGCUGCCAUGAGCAAAGAGGAGGUUGACAGGUACAAUUUCACAAUGCUGGCCCUAUCAUCUUCAUUCCUGGUGUUAUCCUAUCUCCUGACCCAGUGGUGUGGCAGUGUGGGCUUCAUCUUGGCCAACUGCUUUAACAUGGGCAUUCGGAUCACACAGAGCCUUUGCUUCAUCCACCGCUACUACAGAAAGAGCCCUCACAGACCACUGGCAGGCCUGUACCUAUCACCCGCCCUCCUUGGGGCAUUUGUCCUCAGUGGCGGGAUUACUGGUGUUUCCGAGGUGUUCCUCUGCUGUGAGCAGGGCUGGCUGGCCAGGCUGGCACACGUGGCUGUGGGGGCCUUCUGUUUGGGAAUGACUUUUGGGACAGCAUUCCUCACAGAGACCAAGCUGAUCCACUUUGUUAGGACUCAGUUACGUGUGUCCAGACUGGCUGACAAAACCUCAUGACCUCAGAUGCAUUGACACCUGUGGCACCUGGACCAGCUGUGGGGCGGUGUUGUGGGUGGAACACUUUAACUGUGCACAAGAGCCCUGCUGAGGGGUCUGUGGUAGAAGAGGACCGACCCUGGCAGGCGAGACGUCAGAGAGAACCGCUGCCCCAAACAUCAUCCAUUUGAAGUCUCAAACAGGAAGAAGGAGUUCCACUUUUAAGGGAAGACCAAAAGCUCUUUUAAAAUAGACACAUUAUUUGUGUCACCA